GGUUUUUAGAGAGUGGAAAUUUAAGGAAAUUAAUAGUGUAAUAAUAAUGUUUUACAAUGGAAAAUCAACCAGCAGCUGAGUCUGUCACUUCGGGAAAUACCGAAGAAGAUUGGGAGAUUUUUGAUAUUUUGUGUAAGCCGGAGACAGUAGUGAAGAUGGAAGACCCACAAGAAGUUGACCUCACAACCUCCCUACGGAGCGAACUAGCCGCCCUCCAAUACAAACGUGACCGUCUCACGCAAGACCUCGAAGAGAUGAGGUCGCAGCUGCGCGGAAGGGACCAGCGCUGCCUGGAGCUACAGGUCGAAGCUGACCAGCUACGAGAACAAGCGGCCAGACAAAACGCCAUCAUCAGCUCGUUGAAGAAGCGAGUGCACGAGCUGGAGGAGAGGGAGAGAAACUUAUUUGCCGCGCAGGGUCGGAGUGAGAUUUCCUUGCAAACAGCGCAGAGGGAGAUCAGGUAUAAUGAAGAGAAAGCCAAGGAACUUGAGGCUAAAGUGAGACAUCUGGAGAUUGAGCUGAAUGCAGAGGAACAGAAAAAAGAGGCUGCCAGGCAACAGUUUCAGGAUUUUGUUAGAAGGUUAUGUGUGGCCUUGGGGGCGGAUAUUGUAGACGGUUCCAAUGUUUCUCCUGAGACUUUGGUGCAUAAGGCUUCUGAACUGGUCCAGGAAACCUCUAGACUCAGAAGUAAAGCUCAUAACAUCAGUGACACCUUAAGUAGUGUAGAUAUCGAUCUUAGAACGUGUAGAGACAAUCUUGAGAGAUGUAUGGCUGAUAAGGAUAGCUUGCAAAGACAGUCUGCUGCCCAGGCCAUGGAAAUUGACCGGUUGAGGCAAGAAAAGGAGUCUCUGGAAAUGCAACAUAGAGUGACCCAAAGGGAGCUUAACGAGUUAAAAGAAAAACUAUGUCUGUGCAGUAGAACUUUGGAAACUAGCACUGGAAAUGUGGCUCAGCAAGAAGCUAUGAUCUGUCAAUUAAGAGAUGAUGUUAAGCUACGAGAUGAUAAAAUCCAAAGGCUCCAAUCCGAACACAAACACACCCUCGAGUCUUUGGCCAUUUUAUUGAGCACUCCAACCAGGUUUGUUGACUCAAUCGAGGUCGCCAUCAAAGAAAAAAUCCAUGAGCUUAUCACUGAUAAUAAGGAAAAAUCUGCUCAAAUUGAGAGCCUGAGGGAUAAGCUGAACCACGAGUCUCAACAGUUGGCGAGGCAGAUCUCAUUAUGUGAUCAAGCUAACUCAAAAAUCCGUAUGUUGGAGGACGAGAAGGCUUGCUUGGAGGCUAGGCUACAUAAGGCUGAUUCUGAUAUUAAUUGUUGUGAACUGUCGAGGGAUGCCUUGAAGAGGGAUAAGUGCACUUUUAUGAACUUCCUGGAAAGACUGGCAAGAGCACUUAAUAUGGAUGAAAUAUCUCAUGAUAUCGGUGUAGAACUGCACACGGAAUCAUUGCUGUUAAGGGCAGAACAACUUGCUCGACUGGAGAGUGACAAGCUGGUAGAUAAGCUGCUUUGUUGUGGAUACGGGACUCUGCCCAGACUUACUUGUUUAAGAAGAGAAAGAUCAUUUCAUGACUUACCGCUUCGUGAUACUGCUCUGGUCUACCAACUGCAACGCAGAGUGCGCACUCUACGCGAACAAGUGCAACGGAAAGAUCUCCACCUGGAUUUGCUUAGAAGGAAACUAUCAUUACAAGAAGACAACGCCAAGGCCAAAUGUCUGCUUCAGAAUGAGAGGGAUGAGGCUAAUGCUAGAGUGAAAAAACUGGUGAAACAAGUAGACAGGUUGCAACUGCAACUGAACGAAGCCAAGAGUCAGAUUAGGGAGCUGAAUAGUCAGCUUGCUGAAGCUGCUGACUAUAAAAUAACUGCCUUGGAACGUGGAAGAAAAGUGGAAGAGCUUCAGAAAAGACUUAUUGACUCAGAAGCAGUCAGGACUAAGUACAACAGAAAAGUAACCAUGCUUAAAGAGCAAAUCAGACAAACCAGUGAAACGAUCGAACAAGAGAGGAACAUCAAUGAACAUUCUUUACAACUGCUAAGGGAUGAAUUGGCCAGAGUAAAAGACCAACUCUCAGAAGUGCAACGUCGUGAGUCUCAACUUCAAAGUUUUAAACACUCUGUGGCGAAAAUCCUCGGAGUGGUACUGCCCAUGCCCGAUUACGAGCUGGUAUCCAGACUGCAAAAGCUCGUGGAUGCUCAUCACGAUUUCACUUUGGUAUCCAGGCGGUACGACGAUCCGGUUUUGAGAUUGACUUCCAGAUCGCCCACUGGAGGGUCCCGGAUAUCCAGGACCCCGGACCGGUCCAGAUAUGAUGACUCCGGAUACGUUGACGGGGUUGAUUUGGAUAAUUCGGAUGAGGAUUUGUACAAGAGGCAGGGCAGGAUGUGACGAACGACGUUUAAGGAUUUGUAAAUCCUGAGUUAAGAUGGUGGAAGUGGUACUUUCCAACCGUGUGUGACAAAUAUAUAACUUUCUGGUCAUGGAUAAAAGACAUGUUUUUGACGAUGUUAAAUGUGUGGAAAAUAGUAUUAGUCGUUAGGGAAUUAGCACUGCCUUAAGCGUCUUUUAGCAAUCAGUAUGAGUCAAAACCUUUAAAAUUGUG